AUGGAGUUUGUAUUCAGGACUUCUGGAGACCCCCCAUAUACGAUAAGGGUGAGUUCUGCACUUUGGAAAUUCACCAUGGGGGUGUUGUACAAGAUGGGGUUUAUAAGGGGGUGUGUGGAUGAUUAUCUAUCACUCUUGGAUUUAAGGAAAAUAGGUAUAGAGUUAGGAUAUGAAGUGGACCUAACUAAGAAGGAGAUAGCUGGUUCUAAAAUGGGUUUCUUAGAAGGGUGUAGGCCUGUCGUAGGUGUGGAUGGGUGCCACUUAAAAGGACCCUGCUCAGGGCAGAUCUUAACUACAGUUGGUGUUGAUGGGAACAAUGGCCAGCACACAGGACUUGCUUUAAAACAUUUGCUAUGGGCUGCUGCAAGGGCAACCACAUUGCCUUGGUGGGAAGCAGAGAUGGAUAAUUUGAAAAGGGAGGAUGCAGAUGCUUGGGGGUGGCUAAUUGAGAGGCCUACAAAAAAUUGGAUGGCUAAUAGAAGGGCUUCUUGUCAACAUUGGAGGUAUACUGAUGGUCCUAGAAUCUUCAACAUAAUAGAGAAAAAUAAGUUGGCAUCAAGUCAAUGCAUACCAAGGUUGGCUGGGGAGAAGAAAUAUCAAGUAAGUCAGCUGUAUGGGGGAGAAUUUGCUGUCGAUCUAAGAGCAAAGACUUGCUCUUAUAGAAGAUGGGACUUAUGUGGGAUUCCUUGCCCACAUGCAAUUUCUGCUAUUUUCCAUAGAAAUGAAGACAUAGAGGAUUAUGUGGAUAAAUUGUACAAGAAAGAUGCUUACUUAAAAACAUAUGGUCCUAUCAUUGGACCUGUUCCUUCCAUUGACCAAUGGCCACGGAGUGGUUUACCAGCUAUUAAGCCUCUCAACUUCAGAAUCCAACCUGGAAGGCCAAGGAAGGUGAGGACAAAAGAACCAGGGGAGGUGGAAAUACCAGCUCCAGUACCUCCAAAUCCAAAACCACCCAACUGGAAACCACAACCUGCAAGGCUCAGACGAAUCUUUAUCAAGAUUCGGUGCACAAGAUGUGGUCAAGAAGGACACAAUAAAAGAGGAUGUGAAAGGGUCCAACAGAUGCAAGCUGAAGAAGGCCAAGCUCCAGCUCCCCAAGCCCAGGCUCCAGCUCCCCAAGCCCAAGCUCCAGCUCCCCAAGCCCAAACUCAAGCUCCAGCUCCCCAAGCCCAAAAUCAUGCUCCCCAAGCCCAAGCCCAAUCCCAAGCUCAAGCCAAGGCCAAACUGAAUCCUUUUCUACAAAUAUCCAAGCAAGGGCAGAAGAUCAUCAUCCCAAGCUCAAGCCCAAUCCCAAUCCCAAGCUCAAGCCCAAGCCUAAUCCCAAGCUCAAGCCCAAGCCCAAUCCCAAGCCCAAGCCCAAACUGGAGCCUUUUCUGCAAAUAUCCAAGCAAGGGCAUUAAUUGGACCAAUCUAGUGAAAACAACCAAGGGUGGUACAAGUAGAGGGAGAAUGAGAGGCUUAGGAAAAUCAUCAUCUCAACCUCAACCUCAACCUCAUGCAUUAUCUCCAAAUAUCCAAGGGAGUGCACCAAUUGGACCAAAUCAAAUGGCCCAACUUGUUGCAUCAACUAGGGGUGGUAGAGGGAGAGAGAGAAUGAGAGGCUUUGGAAGAUCAUCAUCUCAACCAGUGAGCAAAGGCUCUAUCUUUGGAACAACCAAUGGUGCAUCAUCUUCACAGCCACCAAGAUGA